AUGUCGGAACCUCAUAUCGAUCUUCCAUUACCAACCACUCACUCCCCCGACUCCACAAUGAAAGACUCACAAUCCAUCCAUGGUAUACCAACGACCCACCCCUCGCAAUGGCCCUCAUAUCAACGCCACCUCUGUCUCUUUUUACUCUCCUUCAACGGCCUCAUGAUAGGUUUCCAAUCCACAAUCAUCGUACCAGGUCUUUCCCUUAUUGGCCGUGAAUUCUCCGUUUCCACGCAGACGGCAUCCUACGCCGCAUCUGUGAAUGUCCUCUUCCUGGGUCUUGGGCCUCUACUCUGGAUUCCCUUUGCGGAUCGCUUCGGCAAUCGAACAAGCUUCAUCUCCGCGAUCGUCGUUGCGCUGGCGGGAAAUCUGGGAGCUGGGUUCUCGAGCAGCUAUGCGGGGUUGAUGGUUGGGAGGGUAGUCCAAGGAGCCGGAAUCAGCGCCGGAGGAGUUUUUGGGUCGGGAGUUGUGGUGGAUUUGUUUCAACCGGAGAGCAGAGGGCGGAAAUUGAAUUUGUGGAAUGUGGCAGUGACUUGUGGGCCAGCUUUGGGAGCUUUGGUUGGAGGAUUCCUUGUUGGGGCGAAAGGGUGGAGGUGGGGCUUAUAUCUGAAUGCUAUUGUAAAUGGUGCCCAGUUGCUGGGGUAUGUUGUUGCAUUCCCAGAGACGAAGUGGGUGGCGCGGAGGGGAAAUGUUGAAAGAAAGCACAGGAUGGGACUGUUUGGAGACUGGAGGACGGGCAGCGCUGGAGCAUGGAAGUGGGCGGAGUGGGCGUUGUUCAUUCAAAGUCCUGUGGUACUUCUGAUGAUGAGUGUGUUUGCCCUCUCCUUUGGGAUUAUCUCCGUGGGACUCUCAAUCACGCUGCCGGAGAUCUUCGGUCCAGUUUAUGGGUUUGGAGAGCGGCAGAUUGGGCUAGUGUUCAUCUCGUAUCUUGUUGGCGCUGUCCUAGGCGGACAGGUAGGCGGGCGAAUGAGUGACAUUUGGAUGAGUCGCUACAAGAAGAGAUGUCAGGAGAUGGGAACGCAAUUGCGGUACGAGUAUCGUCUGUGGGUGAUAUUACCCGGCUACUUCCUCCUCAUCACCGGAUUGGUAGUAUAUGGAGUCACACUCGAAGAUAGUACCCACUGGUCCGGACCAGUAAUCGCUUGGGGUGUCUCCAUAUUCGGCCUGCAGAUCGUGCUCAACGUUGUUAUUACCUACUGCAUCGAAUGCUUUCCCCAUCAUGCGCUGGCUGUGACUGCCUUCUUGAAUCUUGGGAGACAGAUCAUCGGCUUCACAGCCGGGUUCUGGAUCCCACCGCUGGUGGAGGACUUGGGAUAUGGACUGGGUUUUGGAGUCAUGGCCAUCAUGUGUUUCUUUUUCUUUGCACUGAGUCUGGCCGUUCUCUACAGAGGUGAGCGCAUCCGCCAUCGGUUCCCUGUCAGAGGCUUGUCAUGA